AUGGAGAUGCAACCAUUACAGACCCGUCUUGCUGGUCGUCAGCCCACUCUGGAAUCCCAGCGGUCUGCUCAUGACCAUUCUCAACCCAACACGCAGGCUCCUCAUCGCUUUUUGUAUAAUCUGGUUCCUGCUAGCCUUCGGCGGAAUCCCAGCAACUUUCAAGGGGGUAGCGAGGUCGAUGCCGCCCUCGCUGCGGCGGCAAAGCAACAUAGAAACGGUACUCGCUUCUUGAAUGAGUACGCACAUAUUAGCCGUCGAAGCAAGCUUCCGCUUCAUAAUAUCUUCGACCUCUUUGUGCGAUUACCUCCAGGGACCAGUACAAUAAUUGAAAGACGGGACUUCUCAGCAAAUGACAAAACACUAGACGACUGGCUGGACUGGGUACACAUGGUGUCAAACGUACAAUGGGAAAAUAUGUUCGUGAUGUGCUCAUGUACAGUGGAGAAUGCCCACACCAACGCCGAAGCCCCUUACCGGCUACUUACGUUCAUGCCUUCGCACGUCGAGCGACUCAAAGGAGUACCCCGUAGGGCUUUGGCAUACCUUCUUUCUCAAGAGCCAAGCUGGGAAAUUUCCGCCGAUCUGCUAAGUGGUAUUGCAGAAGCAGCCGAGCACCCCUCUUUAGAAGUGGAGGGAUCUGUGACACUACCGUCUGAGAGUAAGUCAAGCCAGCUUUCAGAGAGCGCUCUUCCCCACAGCCAAAGUGGCUCUGCGGCCUCAAGCCCGAGUCAGACUACAGAUGCCAUGGACGGUACAUCGAACCCUCUGCCCACCGAAUUCACUUUGUACUGGCAGUCGAAAGCUCCAAGAUACAGUGGUGACUUAGAUACCUACAUCUGGCAGCCUUACCGAAAGCCUCCUCCGUUCACCUUCGUUAAAUUGCAUAUUGUCAACACAGAAACACCGCAAAACUUGAGGAUGAUACUUCUCUUUAAAGAGACUCGCUCCUUGUGUGAUUUCCGGAAUCGACACCAAAGUAUUGCCCGACAGCAGGUUGCCACCGAAGCCUGGUCGUCUGUUACUGAAUUGGCACGAUCGAUAUUGGCGGUGCUUGAAACGAUACUGUCAGACAUGGUCAACUUCUUGCAAUGUACCUCGAAAGAAAUAACUAGACUGACAUUCGAGGGCCGUGCCUAUCCUCGUGUUGAAAAAAUACAGUAUCUGAUACACAUGAAUGAUUGCAGGAAACGAGCGGAGCUCGAUAUGAGGCAAGACGCUAAGCAACUUGAAGAUUUCAUCAAGACCAUCCAAUCACUAGCACCGCCUCCACAAAGCCUGGACAAAGAGAUUAAGACGUUGGGCGCUCGGACAGCCGAUUUCGAAGAAAUUCUCAAGGAACUUGCGAUUCGUGGGACAGCCAUUGAUAGCCUGCAAAAAGAGAUCGAAUCUCAAAAUAGCCUACAGUCACGCAACUCUUCUUUACUGACAUUUCUUGCCGCCGUAUAUAUACCGCUAGCUUUUGUCACCUCAUUUCUCGGCAUGAACAUUACCGAGACCACUCAGUCAAAUAGUACUCAGUCAAAUAGCACCCAGUCGAACAGCAGUGCAGACGACUCGACUCCACUUCUAUGGGACCUUCGAUGGUUUGCGAUACUGUCGGUGCCGCUGUUAUUCGCUACCAUAAUCCUUCCACUGAUCGCUGGUCCCCUCGUACGAUGGCUUCUGCAGACGUACCUCAGAUUCAGAAAGUUCUGGCGCUUUGCCCUCCCCGUCACGGUCGUAGUGUACAUCGUUUGCUAUUACUCAUUAACUGAGGUUGAGGGGGGCGUCGUUAUCCGUCUCAUUCUGUUCAGCAUAUGCGACGUUUCUGUAAUUUUGAUUGGGGGUGUUCGAGCGCUCCGUACUAGAGGCACCAAGGGGGAAAGAGUGAGAUGGUGGACGUUUGUAACGUUCUCAAUCGGGUGUCUAGCAGCUGACCUGGUUAGCAUGAACCGGGAACGAUUUUUGUGGGGUUUUGUUGCUUGGGGGGUAUUGUUUCUUUUGUUCCUAUACUCAUAUCGAGAGGAGUGGGUAGCUAGGAGACCCCGUACAAGCUCAUCAUCGUGA